AUGGAAUGUACCAAAAGGGGGAAAGCACCAAUUCCUGAAGGCGAACAGUCAGUCAGCAACGCAAGAUCCGAAGCAGUGGGAAGGCGGAGCAAUAAGCUACUGCCAUAUUGGGGAGGGUGGGGGUUGCCAAGUGAGCACAUACUUAGAUCAGGGGUGCAGCGCGGAGGAGGAGCAGAGAAAGAGAGCGAACGACCUGGAGGGGGGGAACUACGACGGUUUAGUACUUCUCCAGCCAAGUCCCUGGACACAGAUUGCCGCCCACCCCCGCGAGUGGAUAAAGCCUUACCUUCAUUACCUUUCCGGGACCUGCUUCGGGUAAAGCGCGCACAGCUGCCGCAAGAGGAUAGCGCUGCCGCUUGGGCCGUGCGGGUUGGGAAUGCGGGUUCUAGUACUCCGUACGUUUGUCCUUGGCCUCUAGCCGCAAGAACGCAAGACCCUGGAGUCUUUGUCUUCGAUGCACCUUUUAGAUCCCUCGAAAAGAGCUCUCAGGCUACUCGAAUCUACGGGUCAUGGGAUUUACGUCUGAUACCGGUUACGACCGGUAAUCUGCAAUACUGGAUUCAUGGACAGCUUGAAUUCGGUCAUGCGGGGAACUUGGCUGCUUCCGUUGCUCCGGGGAAGUUUAAUGAACGACAUAAACCCGGCCUUACCUUUUUCAUCGGUACCCCUCGUUGUCUUCAUCUCCCGUCAUCCGCCUAA